AUGUGCUCCCUUCCGAUGGCAAGAUACUACAUAAUCAAGGACAAAGAUCAGAAGGCUCUGUACAUAAGAGGUGACCAGCUCCUGGCCGGAAAUCCUGAGACGGACAACUUCUGUGCUGAGAAAAUUUGCGUACUUCCCAACAGAGAACUGGAGCGCACCAAGUUUCCCAUCUUCCUGGGGACGCACGGGGGCAGCCGCUGUCUGGCAUGUGUGAAGACAGAAGAGGGGCCCUCCCUACAGCUGGAGGAUGUGAACAUCGAGGACCUGUACAAAGGUGGUGAGCAGACCACACGCUUCACCUUCUUCCAGAAAAGCUUGGGCUCAGCCUUCAGGCUGGAGUCUGCUGCAUGGCCAGGCUGGUUCCUCUGCAGCCCAGCCAAAUCCCAGGAGCUGGUAGGACUCACCCAGGAGACAGAGCCCUCCACCCUCACUGAGUUCUACUUUGAACAGAGUCGGUAG